AUGGAGACUUCCAUCUCGCUGGUGUUCUGGACAAUCGAUGCCUAUGCCACCGUCGUACCUAAGGUCAUGUUGGCUUCCAUCGCUGUCGCCGCCAUGGUCCUCGUCCAAAGCUUCGUCAUUCAGCUCAUCAACAUCACAUACUCCGCAAAACAAUUCACCACGCGAGAGUCCAAGCGCCAAAUCGCCAUGCUAUACACUCUCUAA